AUGAAAAUUGCCGCGUUUUUUGCCUCGUUUGUCUUUUCCGAUAAUUGCGGAGAUUUCUGCGAAGUCGAGCAUAAUUCAUGCGUUUCCAAUGCUUUUUGCGAUAAUCUUGACUGCAAUUCUCAGUGUUAUCGCCAAUUCGCAAAUUGCUUGGACGAGUGUACAAACGACAAAACAAUUUUGAUUCUGAAAACUCACUCGGACCCAGUUUGGAAUCAUUCAUUCAACUGGGGUGGACAAGCUACUGAAGUGGAUUUCACCAACGAAUUCGGCCAACUCUCCGACUCUCAAGAUGAUCACUACAUCGGAGGAGUCGACAUUGUCGGAGGAGAGCUCGUCAGUUUUGGUGGAAAAGGAGUCGCAAGCACUGAAAUCUACGACCGCGACUCUCGAUCUUGGAGCUUCCUUGACAACAUCGACGAUGAAAUUUCAUAUCUUUUCUACACCAGCUCCGUGGUCAUCGACGGAGGAGCAGAAAUGAUCGUUUUUGGAGGCUACACGAAUGAAGGCUUUACCUAUCCGAAGAGUACAGAUCUGACUUGGAGACUAAGAGUCGACUCAUCCGGGCAAUACAUCUGGAGGCGAGGAGAGAGACUUCUUCAGCCCAGAGAUUCUCAUACAGCAAUCAGGAACCAGGCGAUGAUCAUUCUUUGA